AUGGUGGGACAGCUCAUGCAACUUGAAAUCUCUAACAGAGAGGUACUAGCUCUUUUGGAAAGACAGGAAGGAAAGACAAAUAGUAGUGAUGCCCAUGAUGAGAAGUGUAGCCUGUCAGUUAAGGUCAAAGGAGAGUUCACGAAACGUGACACUGUGGACGGACUGGAAAGGCAACUAGCACUGCAGAACCUGAUGAGAGAGAGACAAACAGCCAUGCAGAUUGCUUGGACACAAGAAUUUCUCAAAUAUUUUGGGACAUUUUUUGGACUUAUUGCUGUAGUUUUAACAACUGGCAAUAAAAAGGAAAAAAAUCCAGAAAUUUUACUGCCAAUACUUCCCUUAAGCUUUAUAUUUUCCUAUCAUUAUGGUAUGGGCUAUGGGACACUCUUGCUAAGGAUUAAAGGUGAAGCAGAGAACACACUUGAUGCACAGGGCACUUUGCUGGAAUUGCCUAAAGGACCUCUCACAUUUAAAGAUUUGUAGAAAAUCAGAAUGUCUCAGAGCAAUUUCUUCAUAGAAAAAUAGGAAGAUGGUAUUAAAGCUACAUAUCUGAAAUGUGAUUUAAUACUGCAUUUUAACAUAAUUAAAUAAUUUUAAAAUGUAUAAGAUUAUGAGCUGUUAUAAAAUAAAAAUGUAAUGGAUUUUUAA